AAAGUAGGUCAACUUACAACUAGAUCAUUUAUACAUGAAAAAUGACACAUCCUUCUUUGAGAGAAUGAGACAAACGGUUUAUUAUCAAACUUCAAUGUAUAGUUUUUCUUUAUUGUUUUGUAUACGAACCUUUUUUUAUUUGUUUGAUGUAGAAGCAAAACCUCAAUAGGUGAUUGCUUGUGCCAUCACAAACCAUACCGUUUAGAUUUUUUUAAAUGCGCAAAGAACCGUCGAGAUUCUUUUCUUGCAAAAGUUUUUUUGGCUGCUGUUGACAAACAUUUUGCAACAAUUGUCUAUCCCCCGUCCCUGAACUUCGGAGGCUGCCUGUCACACAAAAAGCUAAUUCCAGUGAGGUCUUGGAAAUGUACUGAUGUGACUCGGUGUGCUGUAUUAUUUGAUAUCAAUUCUUCAUCUAGUAAAUAAAGUGUGAGGCACUUUUGAAAUGGAUUAUACGUGGGAUACAUCUGAUGAUGAAGGAGGCAUGGCCAUAGAUCUUGAUGCUAAGCAAGAUGACCAUGCCUAUAGACAAGAAGGUGUAGCUGCUGAUGAACAAUUUGCAGAAGCCAAAAAUUAUGAUCCCUCGGAACCAACAGAUGAUUACGAUCCAGCAGAACCAACACAUGAUGACGCUGAUGGCCCUGGAAGCCACAACGCUCAUCGUGGAGCUAGUGAGCCAAAAGAAAUGGCUCAUGAGUACGACCCUGCAGAGCCAACUCUAAGCGAUGAGGACGGGGAUGGGGAUGGGGAAAACGAAGAAAACCAGAGCCAGUUUGACUCCCAAAAUGAGGCGGAUGUUGCUGGUUCUGAGCCUGAGACUAAAGGAGUGGAUGAUAGUUUAUCCCCUAUGAAGCCACCUGCUGCCGAUCUAUGCGAGGAGCUGAAUGAGGAGAAAAGUUUGGACACGGGGGAUGCGGUGAAUCAAAAAGACAGUCCAAUGAGGAUACAAAAAUCUGUGAGUCAGAGCCCAUCACUGGGGCAAGGAGAUACAGAUGAAAACACUCAGAAUUCUCUUGUUGAUGAAGUAAACAGCGAUGUGCCUGAAGUGACAUUUGACGACAGUGACUUUGUUCUAGAAAAGGAACCUUUUGUUGCGGAGAGUGAUGCGGGUGCUAACACUUGGUCUCAUGAUGAAAAUAAGGAAGAAGAAGGGGGGUUGGAGGCAGAUAAUGCUGAAGAGGAGGAUUCUCAGGAGAUGCAUCCUUCAGAGCAAGAACGGUACAGAAGACAGGAGGAAGUUGAUAGUCGUAAUGAAGAGGCACUCGUUGAUUUGUUCCGUGAGGAAAGUGACCCUGAAAGAAUGGAGGAUGAGGUAGAGCAGCCUGUGAAGAAAGUGAAGAAGAAAGCAGGCUCUAAAAAAAUUAAAAAGAAAGGCAAGAAAAUAAAAAAAGGCUUGAGUAAGAAAGGCCAAAAGAAAGUCGACGAGGAUGUGGAGGAUCAAAGAUUUGUAGAGCUAAGAAGGGACAGGGCUAGUGUUGAGAGCAUUGAGGAGGGAGAGGUGGAUGGAGAAGGACUCAGCCUGGUACGCAGAAAGUCCUUUGAUGAAAGAAUGUCUUUAGAAGUUUAUGAACAGGCAUUUGACAUUGGUGGUGGUCGAGUAGAGGAGCCACGGGAACCGGGGGAGAUUGUGGAAGAAAGCAGAAAAAGAAGUACUAAGAAAAAAGAGAAGAGAGAGAAGAAGAGGAAAAAAAAUAAACGUGAAGUGGCUACAAUAGAAGAAGGUAACCAAGGCGAUGAAGAUUCCCAGAAAUUCCCAUCAUUUUUAGCUGGAUUUUUUGUUCAGGAUGAAGGAGAGGAAGACGUGGAUGAAAAUCUUGUGUUGUCAAGGUCAUUUGAGAAUGAAGGCGAGGCGUUUCAAAAAACGGGAGUUAAAAAUUACAGAAAAAGGCACAGCUCUGGCGCUGAAGAUUCUGUGAAGAGUUAUGAACCAUUGGAUCUAGUUAGGGAGGAAAGUCAAGAUUCUGAUCAUCGGAGUAAGAAUAGAAAGCAUGAGGAAAGGAGGCACGAGGGAAAGGAGGCUAGACAGCGAGAGGCUAGAGAUAGCCGUGAAGUGAGACACGAACACAGGCAUGGUACUCCAAGAGCUAGAGAACGGGAGAGAGAAAGAGAAAAGGCUAGGAGUGAAAGGGAAAGAGAAAGGGCAAGAGAGAAGGAAAGAGAAAACAGAGAGCGGGAGAGAGAGAGGGAAAUAGCAGCUAGAGAGAGAGCAAGGCGGGUAGAAAUAGAAGAACGCAGAAGGCGCCACACACGCAGUGGCUCAAGGGAGCGAAGAAGACGAUCACCCUCUACUGACAGACAGAGGCGUUCAAGAUCAAGGGAGAGAGUAGCUCGACAUAGACGCCAAAGAUCAAAGUCAAGGGAGAGGUCUGUAGAUAGAGAACGCGAACGAGUAAAGCGCAGACACAGAGAAAAGAGCAAUGACAGAGAGUCAGAAAGAAGAACGAGGCGUCAAACACAUUCUCGUUCAAAGACACCCCAACGCAGGUCAGAAAGAGCUAGCUCCAACAAAGAAAAUCGCGAUGACAGUUACAGGAGAAGACGACGACAUGCAAGAACAACAGAAGAAAGUGAUGUGGAGGAGAGGGAGAAUGUUAGAAGAUCUCAACGUAGACAAAGAAGAGAGAGAGCCCGUAGCAGUUCUUCCUCCUCUUCUUCAGAUAGUAGCACUGACAGCAAUGUGAUUGUCAGAAGGGGGCAUCGAAGAAAUUUUCAAAGGAGCCAAAGUUCAGAUGAAGGUGCUUCUAGUGAUGUCAUUCUUGUAGAGCCAGAAAGGAUUGUAAUUAACCUUGAUGAAGAAGAAGACCCACCAUCUAGAGUAGACAUAACACAUCACAAUAUUGAUGAUGACAGCACAAAACUUGUUGAUGGUGAAUCCAUUCCUCCACCUCCUGAGUUAUCUCGCAACGCUAGAGGCAGUGCACUUAUUCAGAUUAAUCCAGAAGAGCCAGAAAAUGAUGAGUUUGAAGGGGAUGCUACUCCAACAAGAGAUGAGCACACUGACAGCUUGAUUCAGGAUAGAAGAAAAGCAGUACAUGAAUCUGAUUAUGAUCCAGCUCAUCCUACAGAAGAACCAGAAGAGCAUGAAAAUGUCUCAUCUUUGCGAACUCUUGCUGAACCAGUUCCUGCACCAAUUUUAAUCACUACUUCACUAGUAUCUCAAGCCCCUGUUCCUCUCUUUCCAAAUGAGUCUGGUCCUGUGCCUCCAGAUCACCCACCUCCUGAAGAGGUCAGACCUUCGCCACCACCUGUACCAUCAUUGUCUGAAUCUUCUAUCCCUCCUCCGGUGCAGCCUCUUAUGUUCAAUAAUGCUAUUCGGCCACAAAUGGCUUUAUUAAGUUCUCCAUAUCACCAUCAACAGCAGCAGCAGCAACCAUCACCACAACUUCAACAACCAUCACCACAGCUUCAGCAACCAUCCCCACAGCAUCAGCAACCAUCCCCACAGCAUCAACCUGGAUUGCUUCCCUUCCCAGGCGCGCCGCCAGGGCAGGGCCAGAGAUUUCCACCAUGGCCUCUCGUCAACGGCCCAAACCCAAACAUUAUGCACCAAAAUACAGGUCCACCUGGUUUUGUUCCUGGCCAGAGAGGUCUUCUUCCGACACCAGAUACCCGUCCUCUUUUCCAGUUAGAAAAUAGGCCUCUGUCAUUUGCGGCCCCACUAAUGUCACAACCUCCUCCACCCAGAGAAGCAAUUCCACUACUUUCUGCUCCGAUUCGACCGCCUAUGUCUACUAUGGCACCAUUGGCACAGUUGACUUCCCUUUUGCCUGGUCUGGAUCGAUCUAAAAUUUCACAGAUCAGAGAUGAUCAGCAAGUCUCUUCUCAUCAGCAGGCUCCACCACCUCAGCAACUCCACCCACAAAUGUUCAAACACCCAUUACCUAUGUCAAACAAUCUUGUGAGCAAAGGUCCACUGAUGAGCAAUUCAGCAUCUAAUAACAUGUCCCCUGCCAUAAGAGUCUCUCGAAGUGGCAGAGGUGGAGGGGGUGAUUUGGCCGAGUCCACUGAGGUUGUGGACAUGGACAUGAGUCCCGGGGAAGACGAUUGUGAACUUGAACUGCCCUCACCCAAUUCCUCAGAUAGUGAAAGAGAUGAUAGGAGGCGGAGGGGUAGAAAGUCAAACAGAACUUCUAAUGAUAUUUCAAAAACUGUUUCAAUUGGAGACAAAGGUGUCAUUCAACCAGCAGUCUAUCUCAAAGCAUUGAGCAAAGUUAUAGAAAAACUAGCGCCCAAAGGCCAUCCAACAGAGCCUGGUCCCACAGCUCCACCAGACAAAUCUAAAUCUCAUUCUAAAAAGCAACAUAGGUUAGAUGUCAAUGAUGAUGAUGUGCCUGCCUCAGCAGUGGAUCUCACCAAUAAAGAAAAGUUUCUUAAAAAGCUACACCUUCAAGAGAGAGUUAUUGAUGAGGUCAAGCUGGCCAUCAAGCCAUACUAUAGCUCCAAAAAAAUUACUAAAGAACAGUACAAGUUGAUUCUCAGGAAAGCAGUCCCAAAGGUGUGUCAUAGUAAAAGUGGUAAUAUUAACCCUCAGAAGAUUCAACAGCUGGUUGAAGCAUAUGUAAAUAAAAUUAGUAAAGGGUCUCACCCUUCCAGCAAGAAAAGGAAAGGACAUGCCCCCAAAGAGGCAACAGGUCCAAAAGAUGGACCAGGGACAGCGGCUGCAGCGCCACCAGCACUCAGGCAGAAUGGGGAAAGGGUUAAAAAACCACUGAUUAAAAAGAGCUAUGUGGUUGGCACAGUUAGCAUCGACCAUUACUUGCCAGUAGACUUAGACUUCAAGAUCUCUAAAGAUCACGAAUUUAAAAAAAAAUUCAAUCACUAUGUGAACAUUGACUCAAGAAUGUCAUCCAAAGAAGAAGAUGUGGGUGAAUUAGGCCACGUGGGUGAAUUAGAUCCCAUGGAUGAAUUAGGUCAUGUGGAGGACAAGAGUAUAGAUGAGGACAUUUCUUCUGACGAGGAAAGUGACGAUGAUGAUGAUGAUGAGGAAAUGGAAGAUGGUGCUGAGGACAAUGAAGAAAUCAAUGGGGAAAAUGGAGAGGACGAUGAUGUUGAAGAAGAAGAUGAUGACGAAGAGGAUGACAAUGAUGAGGAGGAUGAAGAAGACGAGAAUGAAGAAGACGGUGGGAGUGACACAGAAAACGCUGCUGAAUCCUCGGGUGAUGAAAACUGUGACAGGUGUCCUAUCUGCUUGAACCGGCUGCGUAACCAGGACAUGGGAACUCCUGAGUCUUGUGAUCAUGUCUUCUGUCUAGAAUGUAUUCAAGAAUGGGCCAAGGUGACCAACACUUGUCCAGUUGAUCGUCAAGUCUUCCAUCUUAUAUUAGCCAGACAUGGGAGGGAGGAGAAAAUUUUCAAGCAGAUCUCUGUUGAAAACAACAAACAAGAUAAUGAAAAUGAAGAGGAGGACCCGACAUACUGUGAGGUCUGUGGCCGGUCAGACAGAGAGGACAGGCUACUCUUGUGUGAUGGAUGUGAUCUUGGAUAUCAUUGUGAAUGUCUUGAUCCACCUUUGUCAAGUGUUCCAGUCCAGGAAUGGUUCUGUCCAGACUGUAAUGAUCGUAGAAAUGGAGCCGCAGCUGAGGAACCUCACCUUCUUGGCAGACAGAUUGCCAGAACCAGAAUUAGUGAGCGAGUGAGAAGAAUCAUUGCUGAUGCCAGGGCAGAAAGGGCAGAGAGAAGAAGAAGAGUGGCAGAGAUGAUUGUCCAACAAGAAACACAAGAAAAUGAAGAGCCCUUGCCUUCCACUUCCACUGCUAGCACAAAGAGAACAGUGACCAGAAAAAGAAAAAGCACAAAGAAAAGGAGGACAAGGAAACGGAAGACUACCAAAAGGAAAACAACCAAGAAAGGCAAAACAAAGAGAAAGAGAAAAACCAAAGGGAAAAAAAGAAGGAAAACAAAGAAGACUAAAAAAACAAGUAGAUCUACUUCAGCCUCACCAGCUUUUGCUCGUACCGCAGGUGCUGGCACAACUGUCAAAAGUCGUAUAGCCGACAAAUUAGGGCUAUCACGACCACCAGUGGGUAGGUCGAUUCCACUACAGAAAACUCCUCCUGGUGCCAGACAAGAUAGCAGUAGCAGGUCAUCUUUAGACUUCAAGUCUUCAACAUUCUCAAUCUUAGGCAGUAAGGAUGAGCUUUAUUUGUUUGCUGAUCAAGAAGGCGAGGAAAGACAGAUAGUCAAUCGUCCAGCCAUCCCCGUAGAAACGUUGCUGUCUAGCUCAGCUAAAUCAUCUCGACUACCAUUGAGCUUCUCCCAGCCUAAGAGGAAGAUAAUUGUUACUGAAGCUCCUGCAUCAAAUGUUUGUAGUCCAGCUGUAUCUACAUCCUUUGACUUGCUAGGCUCAAUCAUGCAGAACCAGGACUUGCUCCACAAAGGCAGUAAACAUGUUACUAUAAAUAGAGAUGGAUCAUUGAGUGCAGUCUCACCAAGUUCAUCCCCUGUCAAGAAAUCACCUCUCCCUAGUGUGUCCCCAAGUACAUCCAGAGAAUCAUCAACAUCAAUGGCUAAGCAAAAUAAUACCAGUCCUUCAUUACAUGCAAGCACAUCAAAGAUGAAUUCCCCAUCUCCAAGGAAAGAAAAUUUUGACAACAAAUCCCCUAAAACUGCAGUGACCCUGGAAGCUGAAUUCCAGAAAGCAGCAAGUUCUGAUGAUGAGCUUAUGAAUUGUGAGGUCAGUGAAAGAAAGAGUCCAUCAAGAGAUCAAUUGUCUAGUGACGUAAAUAAUGUUCAAGUCGUUCGACAGGAACCAACUGAAGUGUCAAUUCAGAACACUCCACAUGAGACUGAGUCGAGGGAUAUUUCUGUGGGUCAGUCAUUCAAGGAAAUCAAACAAGAGCUCCAAGAACAAACUUCUUAUGAAGAAACUCAGACAAGUGGCAGCAUCACAGAGGAUUGCAAAAACAGAAUUGACGAAAACGUGAAUGGUGAGUUUUCUGAAAAUGUAAUUGAAAAUAAAGAUGUGAAAAAGGAGUUAUUCAAUCACAGGAGUGAUACAGAUGUGAAAAAGGAGUUAUUCAAUCACAGGAGUGAUACAGAUGUGAAAGAGGAGUUAUUCAAUCACAGGAGUGAUAAAGAGGAAGGUGAGGCUUCUGAAACAGAGGAGGAAGAUAUGAAAGAUGAUCAUGAAGAAGGGGAGAUAGUUGAGGAUGAAGAAGACUCAUGUAAAGUCAAGAACAUUGUCAGUGAUACCAUGCAAAUGAACAAUGAUGAAGAAUGCAAAAAGCAGCUUCCUAUCGACGCCACCGUUGCUCCUGAAGCAAAGCUAGAACUUGAGAAUCCAGAGAAGGAAUCGGAUGAAGAAUCUAGUGAUGACGAUGAAACAUUUGUCAUUCAUCCAUUCACACUUGCUAAUUUUCUCACCCUUCUGAAAUCUUCAGAGAGCAGUGAAGCCAAAAAGAAGAAAGAACCAAAGAAAGAAGUGCAGGAAGAAAAAAUACCAACAGAAACUGUGGCUGAAGAUAAAUCUACUCAUGCCAUUAGUAUCUUAGACUUCAUAGGUAAUGAAAGUGCCAAAAAAUUUGGGCUAGGUCUGCCUGACCCUCAGCAAAACAAACUUAGGGAGAAAAGAGUACCUGGAAUGUCUAGAGGUUUGUCUGAUGGACCUUUUAACCACAGAGGCAGAGGCAAAAGGCUGAAUAACUGGUCGACGCGAUGGCAGCCGCAGGACAUUGGGGAUAACGAAAUAGAUGAAAUGGAAGAGGAGAGCCCCCAAUAUGAAAACAAAAAAAGAUUUCCAGCCACAAGGCCUUACACUAAAGGAACUUUGAGACAUAGAUCAAGCUCAUUAGAAAAAAAAUAUCUUCAGAUAGAAAGCCGUCGAGGUUCCGACUCUCUCGACAAGAAGCCAUCAAAGUCUAAACACCAUGAUGAUAAAAGUAGCAAGAAAAGUUCUAAAGACAAACGGAAAGUGAAACGAAAGAGGAACUUUGAGUAUGAUUUCAAUGAUGAUGAUGAAGAAGAGGAACCUAGAAAGAAAUUGAAGCGUGGGAAGUUAAAAAAAAAGCCCCGGUGGACUAAAGAGGAGAGCAAAAGCUCUAGCAGUGAAGAGGAAGAAGAAGAUGAUGAAGUCAGUGACCAGGAAAAAGAGGAGAUGAGGGUGGUGGAUGAUGACUCGGUUCCCCAUCCUCCAGAAGAGCCUCCGGAAGAGCCACCAAACCCUCCUCUUCCACCAACUCCUCCACCACCACCAGCUACAUAUCAGCCUUCAGCCUAUGCUCAGUCUCUGCCUCCAGUAACAGUCUCUUUGCCGCAUUAUGGUCAGCCUCACACUCAUGCUGUCCAGACUGGUCAAUCUCACCCUCAGACUGUUCAACCUCAUCCUCAGACUGUCCAGUCACAUCCUCAUGCUGUACAACCUCAUCCUCAUGCUGUCCAGCCACAUCCUCAUGCUGUCCAGCCACAUCCUCAUGCUGUCCAGCCUCAUCCUCAUGCUGUCCAGCCUCAUCCUCAGACUGUUCAACCUGGUCAAAAUCCAUAUGGUCAACCAUCUUAUCCAGCACCGAAUGGUCAGCAUUCCUAUACUCACCCAAUGAGUCAUAUCAAUCCCCGACACCCAUACCCAGGAAUGGUUCACCCAUCUUAUUCCUCAUACUAUGGGCAUCCGACUGCAGGUGUUCCUAGGGGACCUCAUCCACCUGCUGUAGCUGCAGGUCAUCCAACUACAGUGCCACCUCAUCCUGCCUAUGUGGCAGCAUCAACAGCAAUGCGACCCACCACACACAUUCCCAUGAAUGGACACCUAAGACCAGGCUACCCUACCCCGACACACCCUCAGGGUCAAGCGGCCACCACUCCAUACUCCAGAGCCCCUUACCCAUUAAGGCCAUCAGCCUUGUCCCAACCAACCACAGCCAAUCAGAUGCCACUAUAUUCCAGUGGCACUGUGCCAGCAGGAUACGCUUCACACCAACAGGCAGCGCCUCGACCACCUUAUCCUACCCCCUCCCACUAUGCUCAGCCUGCAACUCCCAUCACCAAGACUGACACCCGCACAUCAGCAGUUCCUCUGACAUCAUCCCGGCCAUUGAAUCCCCCGGAGCCUCCACCACCUGAACCUAGAAGUCUAUCUAAGCAUUCAGAGAACACUCAGUCUAAGAGGGAAUCCUUGAGAUAUUCCCAAUUAAUAUCCCACAAAAUCAGAAGCCCUCCUGAGCCUCCAAAUGAUAGAAGACCUACCAGUUAUUGUGUGUCACCCGAGGCCCCUAAAGAGAGAAGGCCUGCCAGCUACUGUAUAUCGCCACCCAUGCCUACAUUCAAAGGAGUAACUACAUUUGAUAAAGUAGACUCCAGCAUUUUACUUAGUGAGGUUAAAAAAGGUUUUCGGCAGCUUGUUGAAGACGCAGUCAGAUGUGCACUCAAGUCUGCCUGGAGCGCUAAAAAAAUCACAAAAGAUGAAUAUAAAGAUAUUUUCAAACGAGCUGUGGAGAAAGUGUGUGGCUCCAAUGAGACAGUAGUCCACCAGGAGAAGAUCCAGUCACUGGUCACAGCUUAUGUCAUCAAAGUUAGGAAGGCUAGAACAAGCUAACCCUAACCUCGUGGUUCGCCUUAUUCGUUCACUUCUCUGCUCACAUGUUCUUUUUCAGGGCAUUUCAUCUUUCAUGAUACCAUGGUCGUGGCCAAAACAAGGCAUGAGCCAUACUUUGUUUUUUUUGUUGAAAUGUAUUCGUUUGGAGGUUGACCAAAAAAGCAACACAACAUUUGCUUUGGUCAUCCCCAAACUUUUGUGAUUCAUGAUCUAUAAAUGCAGUUGUAACAAAAGUUUGUAUGUGGAUGGGUGACUGAUUGCUGUAGGUGAUGAGCUUGUUUCACAAAAUGUUGAUGUAGGAGCAGUUCAUGAUUUUAAAAACCUGUACAUAUGUAUUUGUACUUAAAUAGUUUGUUCUAAAUAGUUGAGUGCAGCCAUAGUUCUGUGGGAGAGUGUUGUCAGUCAAGCCAUCUUAGUUUGCUCCUGUCACAAGAUGUAGUAGCUUUUUUUGCACCUUCCAUUGUAACAAAUUUUUUGAGCAUAUGUGGAAGAGAGCUUGUCACAAGGGAGAUAACUUCACUUUUGCCAAAAAAAAAAAAACUUUUAAAGGCUAAUUGAAACUUGUUCCAGUCAUGGCUGAUUGAUGAAUUUUUCUAAUAUUGUGAAGAAUUAUGUUUUAAACUCAACAACUUGAACUUGUGACCGGUAUUUUAUUGUUAGAUGGACAAAACAUUUUUUAUUGAAAUAAAAGCCAUAUCCUUGAAA